AUGAAUCAUUUGACAAAAUGGUUUAUGAAAGAUCAAGAAGAGGCUGUUACGAGAAACCAACGAAGAUCCAUGAUGAUGUCUGUUGCUGCCUUGCAAAUCCAAGAUCUGGAAGAUAAGGAUUCACAACAGGGUGGUUCUUCGGAAGGUCGUUCGUAUACUGUCAAAAACAGAGAGAUCAUGGAUCAACGUCUGAAAGCUCUAUACUUCACAGAUCCAUGCAGCCUUCCAGGCUCCCUAAACGAUAUUAAUGUCCUUGGACAGUCACCUUUGUUUAAUGAUGUGUCUCGUGGUGAAACUCCUCAGGUGAGAUAUGAAGUACAAAAUAGGCAUUAUGGGCAAUGUUAUUACCUUGUUUAUGGCAUUUACCCAAAAUGGGCCGCAUUUGUUCAAGCAAUCAAAAACCCGAGGACAUCGCAGACAAAACAUUUCACAAGGAUGCAAGAAGCAUACAUAAAAGAUGUGGAGAGAGCUUUUGGUAUUCUUCAAGCUCGUUGGGCAAUCAUAAGAGGGCCAGCUCAUGGAUGGAGUAAGGAGAAUCUUCAGUUCAUCAUGAUAACGUGCAUUAUCUUGCAUAAUAUGAUUGUUGAAGAUGAGCAUGAUGAAGAUGCAGCUGAGCCAUUUGAUCCGAAUGACAUUCCCACCAUACCAAAAAAGACACAUAUAUAUGACAGAAUCCCUGAUCAAGACACCUCUGUUCAUCGCAAUCCGAACAAGCUAAAUCAAUUCAUGCGUCGCUAUAGGGAGGUAAGAUGUCCAGUGAUGAAUAAAAACCUCCAGGAUGAUCUAGUUGAUCACCUGUGGAGCAUGAAGCUGCAAGCUGAUGAGAAUGACCAGUGA